CAAAGCGUUCUUCAGUUUCGACUUGCUUCAAACUCGAAAUCUCUGCUGCUACCUGCUUCUCUGCAUCUCUCCACCAAUGGGAGUCGCUUCCAACUCGCUCGUUUCUUUCAUCCACGGCUCAUUGAGUCAACCCAGAAGGCACUUCCAGCUUCUUCCUUUCCCUUCUCUUCCUUUACCCGGAUCUCGUUCUCUCUCUCUGAAGCUCACUCGCCGCUCCAACUCACCCCUACUUUGCUCUUUAGAUGCAUCCAACAGCAGAGAUAAAGAGAACCCCAUUGAAACAAGGUUCCCAGCUUAUCCUAGUGUGAUGGACAUUAAUAAAAUUAGAGAGAUAUUACCACACAGGUUCCCCUUUUUGUUGGUUGAUAGAGUAAUAGAAUAUAAUCCAGGGGUAUCGGCUGUUGGUAUAAAGAAUGUGACCAUAAAUGAUAACUUCUUUCCUGGACACUUCCCUGAGAGGCCUAUAAUGCCCGGUGUUCUCAUGGUUGAGGCAAUGGCACAAGUUGGAGGCCUGGUUAUGUUGCAACCCGAAGUGGGAGGUUCUCGGGAAAACUUCUUUUUUGCCGGAGUUGACAAAGUAAGGUUUAGGAAACCAGUCAUCGCAGGAGAUACAUUGGUUAUGAGGAUGACACUUACCAAGCUGCAGAAGCGGUUUGGAAUUGCGAAGAUGGAAGGGAAAGCAUAUGUUGGAAGUGACUUGGUAUGUGAGGGUGAGUUCCUGAUGGCGACUGGCAGUGGUUGAUAGUCUCGGCAUUUUAUACUGUGUCUUCGCUUAUUUUCCGAAAUCAUGAGCCAUGUUGUGCCUUAGGCUUUUGUUCUGCAUGCAUCCCCGUUUGACGGAGAUUCUCAUCGUUUUUUUCUUUGACAAUAUGGUAGUGAGUUUCUUUGUUUUUUGCAGACAAUGAAAAAAAGGUUUCUUGAAGUUUCUUCUAUCAUCUCAUGUAGACUGAAACCAGUUAGCAUUUAUGAUAAAACAGUGGUUUAACAAUUUGCAGUGCUUAUUAGGUACUAU